UAUCUCGCCCGCUUCCAUUUGGAUUCCAAGCUCUCAACUAUCCAGCAGCCAUGGCAGGAAGCCGAGAUGCUUCGUCCCCUGCUUCCUCCUCUCCGUCUCUCCACGUCGUGGUGUUCCCAUGGCUGGCGUUCGGCCACAUGAUCCCGUUCCUCGAGCUCUCCAAGCGCCUGGCGCGGCGCGGCCACGCCGUCACCUUCGUGUCCACGCCGCGGAACACCGCCAGGCUGAGCGCCGUCCCGCCAGAGCUAUCCGCGCGCGUCCGCGUCGCCACGCUGGAGCUGCCGGCGGUCGAGGGGCUGCCGGCCGGCGCCGAGUCGACGGCCGACGUCCCGCCGGAGAAGGUCGGGCUCCUCAAGGCGGCGUUCGACGGCCUCGCCGCGCCGUUCGCAUCCCUUGUCGCCGCUGGCCGCAGGGGCGGCGCCGGCGAGGCCGCCGACGGGUUCGAGAGGAAGCCCGACUGGAUCAUACUCGACUUCGCCCAGAGCUGGGUCUUCCCGAUCGCCGAGGAGCACAAGAUCGCGUGCGCCAUGUUCCUCAUCUUGCCGGCGGCCCUCUUGGCGUACCUCGGCACGAAGCAGGCGAACGAGGCGUGCCCUCGCCGGACGACGGAGGACUACAUGGCGCCGCCGCCGUGGGUGCCCUUCCCCUCCACGCUCACCUACCGCCGCCACGAGGCCGAGGCCAUCGCCGCCGGGUUCCGGCCCAACGCCUCCGGCGUCUCCGACAUGGACCGCCUCUGGCAGCUGCACCGCCCGUCCUGCCGCCUCGUCAUCCACCGCAGCAGCCCGGAGGCCGAGCCGCGGCUGUUCCCGCUCCUGACGGACCUCUUCGCCAAGCCCGUCGUCCCCGCCGGCCUCCUCCUCCCCGGCGACGCCGCGCCGCCGGGCGGCGGUGGUGGCCACCACCAGCCGCUCGAGGCGGUCGCGCGGUGGCUGGACGAGCAGCCCCGGAGGUCGGUCGUCUACGUGGCGCUGGGGAGCGAGGCGCCCGUGACGGCGGGCGACAUCCGGGAGCUCGCGGCCGGGCUGGAGCUCUCCGGCGCGCGCUUCCUCUGGGCGCUCUGCGCGCCGGGCGGCGAGCCCGCCGCCGCGCUGCUCCCCGGCGGGUUCGAGCGGCGCGUGGCCGGGCGAGGCGUGGUGGCCGCCGGGUGGGUGCCGCAGGUGCGCGUGCUCGCGCACGCCGCGGUGGGCGCGUUCCUGACGCACUGCGGGUGGGGCUCCACGGUGGAGAGCCUGUUCGGGUUCGGGCACCCGCUGGUGAUGCUGCCGUUCGUGGCCGACCAGGGCCUCAUCGCGCGGGCCAUGGCGGCACGCGGCGUCGGCGUGGAGGUGCCGAGGGACGACGACGGGUCCUUCCGCCGGGACGACGUCGCGGCGGCGGUGCGGCGGGUGGUGGCGGGGGAGGAGGGCGAGGAGAUGGCGCGCAGGGCCAGGGAGCUGCGGGAGGUCGUCGGGGACAGGGUGAGGCAGGAGCGCUACGUCGACGAGCUGCUGGAGUUGCUGCAUCGCUACAAGUGAACCCUGAUGAAGUUCGAAAAUGGUGUUGUGCAUGUGCAUUCUUCAAUUCUGAUCUUUGGACAUGCCUGCCGUUCUUUCUCGAGCAAACAAAAAUGAGUUGUACUUUUUUUUAUCGAACUUUUGCAUGACAAAGACGACAUGCAAAAAUUGGAUAAAGAAAACUUAUGAAGUUAAUUUUUUUGGAUGAAAAAGGAGAAUAAAAUUUGCUAA